UUAUUAUUAUUAUUAUUAUUAUUAUUAUAAAUGAUUAUUACUAUUAUUGUAUUAUUUUGAUUUAUAUUCCUAGGAAUGAAUAUACCAGUAUUUACAUGGACCUUUAAGUUUACACAUGUUCUCGUUUACGCAAUUUAUGCAAAUUUAAAAGCCUUAUAUAAAAGAAACAAAAAAUGUAACGGAAUAGAUCUUUCUUAACAACGUUGCUAUCCAUUCGUUCGUUUUAAAAUAGCACGCGCUUUCCCCUUCCACUCGCAUGUUACGACACGUCUUCCAUUCAUAAAUAGGGAAGCACUUGUAUGAGCGGCCAUCUUGACUACGUGAUCAAACGGACAAUUUUUAUUUUGAUAGUUGCAACCAAGAAAUCUUAUUCUAAUUCGAAAAUAGUAAUUAGCUUUUAUAUUGACUUCCGUCGUUCAGUACGCAGUGCACAGCUGAUCAGUGGUCCUAACGGACGGUCGCCGCUUGUCCGUGCUUUGAAAUCUUUGAAAACGACAGAAAAGUUGCUGUUAUCCGUAUGAUUGCAUAGUGACAAUUGGAAUAUUAAUCUUUAACACGUGGUUGAAGUUGCACCGUUCGCCAAGUGUCUUUAUUAAGUGUCCACAGUGAGCGGUUACUGUUCCUCGUUCAUUCGACAUUUCCAAUGGUUGCCGUCCGGUAGGCCUUGCCAGGAGGAUGGGGGCCCACGAUGGGGGAGUGCCAUUGCUCUAACAUCGCUAUCAUGCAGCUGUUCCAUGAGCUGAAGCAGCAGUUCCCUGCGCUCCCUGAUCACGUCGUUUCCCAGUGCAUCGCCCAGAACAGCCACGAUCGGGAGACAUGCGCGAGAAGCCUCCGUGCCACCCAAGAGUCACGACAGUCUCCGGGCGCGUUUCCACCGGCGGCACUUUGCAGUGUCCUUCAACAACAACAGCAACGAGCAAACCUGGUCACGCAACAGCAGCAGCAACAGCAGCGUUGUUGCGCGAUGAACCAAGCGCAACGAACCGGCACGAGCAACAACGCGCGACCACACAGGCCAUCCUCGCUGGACAUCGGUAUGGCAAGACGCUGUCCUGUCAGCUGUACACGAGCCUCCUCGAUUUCAGCGUCGUCGCCGAUCGCGGCUAAUCCAGCCACCCCUUCUUCGGCACCGGCCGCCUGCACGACGCGCGGUUUCUUCGACGAUUGCGCGGCUCUCAGCGACGCGAAUUGCGCGAACAAAAUCCAGAACGCGGCAAACGAGCCAGCUGGAUUCGAGCUGAACGUGAACGUUGCCUGCAGUCCUGCUGGCAAUCGCGACUUUCGAACGGUGCCUACGAUAGCUGGUGCCUGUAAACGAAGCGAUUUGGCCCUCGAUCCACGGACUCAUUACGCGGAGUCGUUACUGAACGUGGAAAACACGGGGCCCCAGAUCGAUCACACUCGAAGCUACACGUCGGUUAGCCUGACGUUGAGGCCACCGUCCUCGGAACCACAACCACCGAUCGACAUAAGAUCGCAGGGCUCGAGUCUGACUUACUCGAGCUCUUCCCUGGAUCCUCGGGGCUUUCAAAGUCGUCUCCAGAUCAGCAUCGGCGCUGGAACCGUUGGAAGCGUGGCGGCUGCAAGGAUCAGACCGCCGAUGGGCUCCAGUAGGCCCAACAGCUUGAUACCACCGGUGCAAACCGGUCCGCAAAGGCCACCAGGUCUUCCAGCAGGGCCUCCUAGUCAGUUACCGAGGCCGACGACGACGAUGAGCGCCCCAACCACACCUUCCGUACCAUCGACAACGACCAUCGUUCCUCCCACAAGCCUUCCGACGACACCGUCAGGACCGACAACGACCUCGCCACCCUCUAGUCCCGUUGGCGAACGACAUACCAAUUCCGAUCAGAACCGAUCGCCGUUGAAUCAAGUGGCGGAGCAUCAAAGGAAAUUGGUCGCGGAACAGUUAGCUAGGAAAGAAAAACUCGCCAGGGAAUUGAAGGCCGAGAAAGGACGACUCGAAGCGAUGAAGAAGGAGCUACAAUCUCUUUCGAGGCCCUUCGACUCCUCGGUGCCUCCACAAGAGUUGAAAAAGAAAUUGAGGAGCGAGAUCUAUCAGUUGCAAGUCGAGUGCGAUAGACUCGCCGAAGAAGUGGAUCGCUGGUCGGAUCUAAGAGUUCCGUUAGGUGAAACGAACGAAAAGUUCUAUCAGCAUAUUUACACGGGUCAACCGUUACCCUCGAGAUCCGCCAAUUCGAACCCACCUCCCUUACCGAGUCAGCCACCUGCCUGGCAGCCUGAGCUCACCGGAAACAACGACGGAGAAGAACGCGACGGUCCUUCUUGGAUCUGCAGAAUGUGUACGUUUAAGAACCAUCCGUUGAUGAACAAAUGCGAGCAGUGCGACAUGCCCAGGCUAUUGGAUCACGGAAACGCAGGUACGACUUCCGGGAAAUCGAUCGGUGAUCUUGCGACCUCGUUGAUCCGCUUGGACGUCGACGAGCCUCCUCCUCCGCCGCCAUCGGAGUCGUAAAGUGCCUUAACAGCAUGUGUCUUCGUUUUGUGUGAUACUUUUGUGAACUGAAAUAAACUAUAAUCCACGGACGUUCGAGCAGAAAGGAUGUUCCUCCGACGUACUGUGAUGACGCGCGCAACCAAAGCCGAUAUUUUAUCAUUGUAAGGUAUAUUCGUCCAUUGACGGCUCUAAAAAUACGAUACGAAUAAAACGGGUCUAUGAGGACGACGUACUUAAACGCA